UCCCAUUUACUUCAAAAUCUGAUAGGAGAAACUAAGAUUUUUUUGUUCUUUUUUCGUCUAGCUAACGUGCAUGCGUGUAUUCUCAGUCUAUUUACAGGAACAUAGCCGUUCUACCUGUCAUGGAUAGAGUAACAUAACCAUUCCAAACAAAGCAAAACUGAACUGUAAUCUUGACAUCAAAGAAACCUGCACAGGUCGGAAUCUCAACUUUGUCAAAAGCUAAGACUUACGUCACUUUUGUUCCCAAAGAUAGUUGAUUUAAAUACACUAACUGACUGGAAAUCUAAGUUUAACAUAGACGCUCUUGAAUUGCCUCCUGAAAUUACAAUGUCGUCUGCUUGGUUCACAACUCUACUAACCCUGGUUUUCUUGGCUUCAAUAUCAAUACUGCUGCAAAUAUCAGAUGGGCAGUUUGAGGAAUGGUGCAUAGCGGAUGAGCAAACCCCAGAUGAAGAAUUGCAGAGGGCUCUAGAUUGGGCUUGUGGAAUGGGAGGUGCAGAUUGUAGUAUGAUACUAAAAAACAAGCCUUGUUAUUUUCCUAAUACACUCAGGGACCAUGCCUCUUAUGCAUUUAAUGACUACUACCAGAAGUUCAAGCACAAAGGGGCAACAUGCUACUUCAAUUCUGCUGCAAUGAUCACUGAUCUUGACCCCAGUCACAAUUCAUGCAAAUAUGAAGUUCUUCCAUGAAUUUUACACAUUGAAGAUCUUCAAAAGUACCCUUUUCGGUUCUUGUAAUCUUAUUCAAAUAUUGAAUAUUUUGAGGAAUGAUUAGGUACUUGAUCCUGUUGUUGUCUUUGUGAAUUUAUUUUAAAUUUCACACAAAUGUUUUAUCGUUUGUAAGUUGAUCUAGACUCUUCAUCUUCUUAAUGUAACAACUUGCAUAUAUGCUCCCAACUUUUCAAUGAAUAUCAAGAUUUCUGGGCUACAUAUCUUCAAUAAAUUCCAUGACUAUCUGAAUCCGGAAAGAUUGCCUCUGCGGGGAUAAAAGACAAGUGAAUAAUCAUAGCCAUAUGAUUAGAAACGGCUAGAAAGCACUUGGAUGAACUUGUCUAUCAAAGCAUUUAAAGAAGAGGAGCAUGGGAGUCUGUGACAUAUUUCUGACUUACUUCUGCAUAAGAUUGUAUCCAAUAUGAGUAGUUUUGGAUUAAAUUUAUGGUUGGACUUUUAAUUUGAUAAUUUGAUUUGAGAUCAAUUUAUUUAUUCAUUUAAUGACACUA